AUCGGUCGUGGGGUGAUGCGGAGGAUCGAACGUGUUGUGUGGCUCGUACCUGUAGAGUUGCGCUUCCUGCCGCACCACCCGUUCCUGCCGAGGCAGCCUUCCGCGCGCCCAGCGGCCCUCGUGCGCGCCCCGUGCUCCGCGCGAAAUCUCCCCUCCGUCCCCGGGCUCGUCCCCUCGCUAUCCAUCCGCCUCUCCUCCCCACCCAGACGCGCGCCAGCCGCCUCCAGGAACCACCCCAAUCUCUCCGCGGAUUCACCAAGAUUCCUUCGCGUCGCGCGGCAAAAAUCCCCACCCCUCGCGUGCGCAGUGCGCCGCGCCGCGCCUCGCCUCGCCUCGCGGCUGGGGCUCUAUUCUAUCCGCUGCUCCACCGAGAUGCCGGUCCUCCCCUCCACCGCGGGUCUGCCCCGCCUCCGCCUCCCCCUCCCCCUCCCCCUCCCCCUCCCGCUCCGCCACUGCCCCUUCCUCCGCCACCGCCGCGCCUCCCACUACUCACCCCACCCGCGCCUCCUCCCCUUGGCCGCGGCGCUCCCGCCCCCGGCCCCCGACGCGCUCCUCCCUACGCAGGCCACGGGCCUCGUCGCGGCGUCGCAGGCCAACUUCAUGCGCGUCAUCGUGGACUCCGUUCCUCCGGGGCAGGACCUCGAGCGCCACCGCGGCUCCGACCUGCUCUGCGUCGUGCGGGCGCUGCUCAAGAAGAUCCGCCGCCGCGUGCUCGUCGGGGACAAGGUCCUCGUGGGUGCCGUCGACUGGACCGACCGCCGCGGGAUGAUCGAGGACGUGUUCGAACGGAGGAGCGAGGUGGCUGACCCGCCCAUCGCCAACGUCGACCGCCUCGUCGUGCUCUUCUCGCUCGACCAGCCAAGGCCCGAGCCGGCCACGCUCACCAGGUUCCUCGUCGAGGCUGAGUCCACGGGGAUUCCCUUCGUGCUCGUCUUCAACAAGGUCGAGCUCGUCGACGAACAGACCAUAGCAUACUGGAGAGAUAGGUUGAAGAGUUGGGGUUAUGAUCCACUCUUUCUUAGUGUUGAUCAGCAAUUUGGAUUUGCUGUUCUUGAAGAGAUGUUGGAAGGACAAACAACUGUAGUUGUUGGUCCAAGCGGUGUUGGGAAGUCCAGUCUGAUCAAUGCGUUGAGGUGCAACCAAAACAUAUCAGAAGAAGAUCCAAUACAUAAACUGGUUGAGCAGAAUAGUAAAUGGUUUGGUGAACAACGUGUUGGAACUGUGUCCAAGAAAAGCGGUAAAGGGAAGCACACGACGCGCCAUGUCUCAUUGCUUCCUAUAGCUGGUGGAGGUUUCCUCGCCGAUACUCCUGGAUUCAAUCAGCCUAGCCUGAUGAAAGUGACCAAAAAGAGUCUUGCGGAAACAUUUCCUGAGAUAAGAACGAUGCUGAAGGAGAACAAGCCCUCGAAAUGCUUAUUUAAUGAUUGUGUUCACCUUGGUGAGCGUGGAUGUGUUGUGAAAGGUGACUGGGAAAGGUAUUCAUACUAUCUGCAGAUGCUUGAUGAGAUCAACAUCAGAGAAGAAAUCCAGCUACGGACAUUUGGAACAAAAAGAGAAGCUGAUGUCAGGUACAAAACAGGUACCAUGGGUGUGAAGCAAGCGGAGCCUCGUCUUGAACUCAAGAAGCACAGGAGGGUGUCUAGAAAGAAGAUUAACCAAUCGAUUCUUGAUGAGAUUGAUGAUGACCUUGAUGAUGACGAAUUGUUCGAUGUCAAGCCACGUUCUAGGAAACGAUAACCGAUUCUCAUCUGAUCUAACGGCUACUCAAGUCAACAUUGGCAAGAAUGACCUAGCUAUGGGUGCUGUACAUAGUUGGUUUUGUAGAGCUACUGUGCCCUUGAGCAGUUAAGCUGAUCCACUGUAAAUAGAAGCGCAUUUGCCUCGGAACUAUAAACGCUCUUGCUCCUGAUGUUGACAAAUGGCGAUGGUGACUUGUUUCCUUGCGGCAGAACAGUCAGACUGGAAGUUACAAAGAAGCCUAGUUUCAUA